AUGCAGUAUCUCAAGAAAAAGACCCACGAAAACGUGUUUGAGGCGUUGCAUAAGAUUAAACAAGGUCCUCCUCCCUCCACUGAUAUCAAAUUGAUCGAUAUUGAAUAUUUGAAGUUCCAUAGACAUAUGUAUUUAUAUAUCACCGCCGGUGUGUAUAUAUUGUGCAGAGUUGGUUUUGGGGAUUAUAGCACUGCUGCUGUCGGUGUUUCAAGAUCGUUUAGGCAAAAUCUGCAUAACGGAGAAACAGGCCAGUCAUUGGCUGCCUUGUAA